GCUGCUGUGAUUUGGAGCGGAGCCCAUAUCUACCUGUAAUUACCUGAGCUAGCUUCUGUCAGUUAGCUGUGUUUACAACGCGAGCCUAGCGUAAGUGAUGCAACCGGGAGGACUGAACAUCCCACAAUGCACCCCGGCGCCAAGUAGUCUCUUCUUCAUCCACACAUGGCUGGACAAACAAGUGCUUGCUAAAAUUUUCGUUGUUUAAAUUAACCCAACGGUGUUUUUCAAGCGUGUUUCUGCUUUCAUUGUGCUACCAAAUGAAAGUCAAAGUCCUCUCGAGGAACCCGGAUGACUAUGUCCGGGAAACAAAGUUCGAUAUUCAGCGUGUCCCUAGAAACUAUGACCCAACACUGCAUCCGUUUGAGGUGAACAGAGAGUAUACCCGGGCUCUGAAUUCCACUAAGCUGGAGAGGGUGUUUGCAAAGCCUUUCCUCGCCUCCCUGGAUGGACACAGGGAUGGUGUGAACUGCAUGGCCAAGCAUACCAGAAGCCUCUCCACCUUGCUGUCUGGCUCCUGUGAUGGGGAGGUGAAAGUGUGGGAUCUGACCAAACACGAAUGUGUCCGCACACUCCAAGCACAUGAAGGUUUUGUUCGGGGAGUGGUUGUCCGCUAUUGUGGAACUUCAUUCUUUACGGCUGGUGACGACAAAACAAUCAAGCAGUGGAAAAUGGAGGCACCAGGUUACAGAGAGGAAGAAGAGCCACUCAACACUAUUCUAGGCAAGACUGUGUUCACAGGACUGGACCAUCACCAGAAGGAUGGUCUAUUUGCAACAUGUGGACAGCAGGUGGAUAUCUGGGAUGAGCAGAGGAGUAGCCCCGUCCGUUCUUUCACCUGGGGCGUAGACAGCUUCAGCUCUGUCCGCUUCAACCCUGUGGAGACUGAACUGCUUGCAAGCUGUGCCUCAGACAGAAGUAUAGUGCUGUAUGACAUGAGAGAAUCUGCACCACUCAAAAAGGUUAUCAUGACAAUGAGGAGCAACACAUUAUGCUGGAACCCUAUGGAAGCAUAUUACUUCACAUGUUCAAAUGAGGACUACAACCUCUACACAUAUGACAUGAGGUACCUGGACCGGCCAAUCACAGUGCACAUGGACCAUGUCUCUGCAGUGCUGGAUGUUGACUACUCUCCCACUGGGAAAGAGUUUGUAUCUGCCAGCUUUGACAAGACCAUCCGCAUCUUCCCCAAGGAGGGCGGCCACAGCAGGGAAGUCUACCACACCAAACGCAUGCAGCAUGUCAUCUGCAUUAAGUGGUCGGCAGACAGCAAGUACAUCUUGAGCGGGUCUGAUGAAAUGAACAUCCGGCUGUGGAAAGCCAACGCAGCUGAGAAACUAGGAGUGCUGGCGCCCAGGGAGAGAGAGGCUGCCAAUUACAGUAAGAAGUUGAAGGAGAAGUUCCAGCACUACCCGCAGAUCCGACGCAUCGCUAAUCACCGACAUCUACCCAAGAACAUCUACCACCAGACCAAGGAGCUGAGGAUUAUGAAAGAGGCUCGCCGUAGGAAGGAGAGGAAUGUCCGCAAGCACAGCAAACCAGGAACGGUUCCUGUGGUGUCUGAGAAGGAGAAGCAUGUUGUCACUGUGGUGAAAUAAACAGAGCUGGAGAAGACCCAGGGUCUGCCAUCAGGAGAUGAGGUGGAGCCCAAGAUCACAGUCAUAUGGGACUUGUUCAGACUGUUCUAACUCAAGAAUAAAAAAACGCCGCAACUUGUUAAUUGUGGGAAGGACUUUUUUAACAAGUUGUACGUCAUUCUCUAUAAAAGGACACAGACUGUAAAUGCAUACAAGAACAACAAAUCUUGCGAUCAGGCGUUCACCUUUUGCCACUAGGAAAAGAUCAGCUCUGCUUUUUCAUUCAUGUCAUUUCAUUCUUAGGAUUCUUUUUAGUCAGGGUUUGUUCUAACUUCCAGGUUGAGUGACUAUUCAAGUAUUUUGCUUCAAGCCAGUUUGCAUUUUCCAUCGCUACCGGAACAAUUUAGGAAAUUAAGGACAUUAAACUGAUCCAAUAUUUAGAGAAUGUCCCUUUACUUUGUACCUAUUUGCAUCAUACUUGCAACAAUUAAUGUUCCUCAUGUUUCAUUAAAUAAAGUUUGGGUUUGUUUGUUUUUUUCCAUGAAUGAAGUUCAAGAAAUAUGCUGUAAGUCAUUAUUAAAACCAAUGCUUAAAACAAA